AUGAACUCGACCCGCCUUUUCCGCCCGCUCGCGAGGGCCGCCUUCCGCCAGCCCACCCUCGUCCGCCCCUCCGUUAUGGCGCGCCCAGCCCUCGCGGCGACCCAGAGCAAGACGCAGAAGACGGAGAUGGCUCCCCAGCAGAUGACGAUUCUCAAGUCGGCCAUGCCGCAGCUCAUCCCCUUCUUCUUCGUCAACGAGACCACCAUGGCCUUCAUCCUGCUCCCGUCCCUCAUCUACGUCAUGUCCAAGUACAUCCUGCCCCAGCGCGUCCGUCUCUUCGCGGCCCGUCUGUUCAUCAGCAAGCUCUGA